CAAGCCUGGAAUGAAUGGUAUAUUGGGGCCACCAGGAGGACCAGGGAAACCAGGCCCUCCUGGAGAGCAGGGACUGGCUGGACCAGCAGGAGAGGGGGGCGAGACCGGUCCACCAGGGCUGCCAGGCCAAGGGAAACCAGGCCAGAAUGGUCUGCCUGGACAACCAGGCAUGCCCGGUGGGAAAGGGCACCCAGGCCCUCCAGGUUUGCCGGGGAAGCCUGGAUUGCCCGGAUUUGGAAAACCAGGAUUCCCAGGACCCAAGGGAGAUAAAGGGAUGGGUGGGAUGCCCGGAGGCCCAGGACCAAAGGGAGACAAAGGCCAUGGAGGACUUCCAGGUGUGAUUGGACCACCUGGACCAAUCGGACCAGCUGGUCCCCUUAGCCCUAUGGGACCCCCUGGAGGUCUUGGCCAACCAGGGCCAAAAGGAGAGGCUGGAGAGGGAGGGCAAAAGGGGCUGCCAGGUGGCCAGGGUGAGCCUGGUCCUCCUGGACUGCAUGGUCAGAAUGGCUUCCCUGGAGAGGGAGGAGAGCCAGGGCCAAGGGGUCCCACCGGGCCUGUAGGACCCCAAGGGGAAGGCGGACACAAAGGGUUACCAGGCGCCACUGGUAUUCCAGGUCUACCUGGGCCAAAGGGAGAGGGAGGACUUCCAGGAGAGAAGGGUCCCCAAGGCCCUAAGGGCGUUCCAGGUCUGGGAGGUGCAGGUGGGCCGAUCGGACCUCCUGGUGCUCCUGGAACUAAAGGUGACAGCGGACCUCCUGGUCUUCCCGGCGUUGAUGGUAAGGGAAACCCAGGUGUCCCUGGUCCUCUUGGACCUCCAGGUAAAGAAGGUCCUGGAGGACCACCGGGAAACCCAGGCCAGCCAGGUCCACCUGGUCCCCCAGGCCCCCCCGGACCCACUGACAUGGGAGCAGUCCUCCCUGAGAUGGGUUUUCCUCCUGGGCUGGACGGAGUCAAGACUGACGGUUAUGGCAAGAAGGGAAAAUAUGGAGGAAACGGCGGAGAAGUGAUGGGCCCCAACGGCCUGGAGAUGCCCGCGUUCACGGCUCUGGUGACCACGCCCUUCCCACCUGUGGGCACGGCUGUGGUGUUCGACAAAAUCCUGUACAACGGACGUCAGAACUACAACCCCCAGACAGGCGUGUUCACCUGCGACAUGCCCGGGAUCUACUACUUUGCCUACCACAUCAGCUGCAAAGGGGCCAACGUCUGGGUUGCACUGAUGAGGAACGAUGAGCCUGUGAUGUACACAUAUGAUGAGUAUAAAAAGGGCUUCCUGGAUCAGGCAUCGGGGAGCGCAGUGUUACCUCUACAGCCCGGGGACACUGUGUACCUCCAGCUACCCUCGGACCAGGCCGCAGGACUAUACGCUGGCCAAUACGUCCACUCCUCCUUCUCUGGGUACUUGUUGUACCCCAUGUAAGAACACCAACCUUCAGAGAGGAAGAGACGCUCACAAAGAGAGAGACUGUUGGAGAAAUGUAAACAUUGAUUAUAGAAUUCUUAAAAUUGAUAUGUUGUUUUAAAAACAUCAACUAUCUGCUGAGAUUGACGCUGUUGAGAUCGACAGUGACGGGAGGACAUGUCGGACCGUCCCAGGGAAAUUCUGAGAGAGGAGUGUACUUGUGUGAGGGUACAUAUAUGCCGUUUUUAAUAACAAUGUAUGUUGGGGUACAAAGAUUGCUGUAUCUAUCUACUGGUCUGAGAAAUUAUCACAACAACACUGCAUUAAAAUAUUCCAUUACAGCAACUGGGUUCAUUUAUUGUAAAAUGUGGUGAUAUAUAUUGGUUUGAUUUAAUGUACAGCACAGACUGAUUUGGAGACUGUAGAAGAAAGAAUGGGAUAUCUGAGGUAUAUAUUUAGUAUUGUGUUUUCCCCUGCCCCUACAUGUUCCUAUUCAAACUGGCAGCUGCCAUAAACGAAACUGUGGCAAAGAAUGUAAAUUGGAUAACUUUAAAAAGAAAACUAAAGAAAAUAAAUUGAAUACCUAUAUUGGCACCUGAACUUUUGUAUUAUGGUACUUAUAAAAUGGCAAUUGAAAACCAAUAGAGACAGUUCAAGAUUCACAUAAAGUGGUGCUAUCAUUUAUGUCACAUUUGAGUUUGUUACAUAACUUUGUUGUUUUGUUUUUGUUUGAUUUGUGUGAUUAUUUUUUGUUGUUACUUUUGCAGACAAGCAUCAUCUGUGAUGUUUAUAGGGGUGAUUCUGUUGCAUGAAAUGGAUGGGAAUAUAAUGCAUUAUGGGUGUAUUGGUUCAAAGCGAUGCCUCUUGUGGCACGUAAAGAGUAAGAGUAAUGCUCCAACAGACACUGACUAGCCCACAAAUAUGAAAACCACUGCACUCAUUACAAAGCCCCUUCUUGCUGUAUGUGUCUGUUGUCAGCUGAAUGAAGCAGUAGCACUAUACUGACAGAGGUAUGAAACACGUAUGACCAACAGCUAGACACUCAUUUAGAUGACCUAUACGGUUAUGUAAGUAGGAUAGAAAUUGAUAAUCAAUUGUGAAUAACUUUUGAAAAAGAUAAUUGAAUGAAUGAAUUACUCUGGGGGAAAUGGUGUGUAGGCCUAGUCCCUCUGGGUUCAGCAGUACAGAAUUUAAGUAAUUGGGUUAAAGGUACUGUAUGUGGAGGUUAAGAUUGAAGGUUAAUAAAUACUUUGAUGUCAAUCAGCGAGAAUAAUGCCCAAAACAAACCAGGAGGAGGUGGUUGUGGUUACAAGUUAGUGAGGAGACUUAUAGACAAAGAAUAUAGACAAAGAAUAGAAUGUCAAAAGAGAGAGGGGGAAGGAUGAAAAUGCCUUCCUGCAUGCCCCCUCCCUCACCUCUCACCCACCUAUAUAUCCCUAUACAUAACCCCUCUAGUCUACCCUUCCUUUCUACCCAUCCCUACCCUUCUACCCCCCCUUGACUCCAGGUAUUAAUUCUGUUUUCUAUCUUUAUUUCAGUCCAUGGUGCUAAACACAGUAUAACCAAACAAAACCUUGAGUUUUUAUCUUUUUACUGUUAUACUGUGGAUGUUGUUUUUUAAAUAAAGAUGAUUUAACUAAAA